UAGUGCUCACGCCUGUACCUGUUGGCUAAUACGUCGGGCUGAGACACCUGUUAGACAGAGAAAGACUUUUCCUCUGUUCACACCAACCACACUCACUAGGACACAGAUCCUCAACAAAUCUUCCUGUGCUGGAUAUAAAGUGACAGCAGUGGCCUGCAAAGAAAAGAGAAAAAAGAAGAGAGCGAGAACCCCGUGAAACAAGCAUGUCAAAAGAGGGAGACAGAGCGUCCGUGCUGCGUACCACCAAAGUCCGGACAAGGCUGAGGGGAGACGCCAGCUGGUUGCAACGCAGCAAUGAGUCUAAGGAUGAAACGCAAGAGGAGAAACCAUGGAUAGCAGAAGUUAAAGCCAGCCGUCUGAGCGGAGCCCCUGCUGACACCAGUCCAGUGUCUUCGCCAACAAAUUCUACUCCGCCACCAACCAAGUCUGACACGGAGAGGCAGCCAACAUCCGGAUACCUUAUCAGGGGUGUUUUCACUAAAGUGGACAAGCCUCCUCCAUCCUCACCAUCUAACGGCUUUAGCAAAACACCGCAAUUCAACAAAAAGCCUUCAGAGACCUACAAGAAAAUAGCCCCCCACACUGUGCGGUCUGCUGCAGAGAAACAGGAGGGCCAGCUUAGCCUCGAGGAGCUGGAGAAGCGGACGGAGAAAGCCAGUAAUGUUCUGACGAAAUCUGCAGCCAGGCAACGGUCUUACGUGCUUUCAGCUGCAAAGAAAUACGAGUCUCAAGAAACGCCUGACACAUCGCUCAGCAAUAGCAGUCCAGCAUUUGUGGCUACAAGGGUGGAGAUUACUGAUGAUGAUGAGCCUUCUGAGACUCCUGCACCUGCCAGCGCUGUGCUGCCAUCCCCUGUUGUUCCUGUCACAUCUGUUGCAUCCAAGCCUGCGCCCGAACCUCAGAAAAUUGCUGACACCAGCACUAAGACAGCUGCUGCUGUGAGUGUUAAUGAGCCGGUUGCUCCAAAGUUGGAGAAGAAGGCCACCCCAGAGCCUGCAAAAGAAGAGACCCCUCAAGUGUCUGUUACACAAGAACAGCCAACUUUUGACACCAAGGUGGCUGCUCCCCUCCCUGAACUAAUCAAAGAUUGUCUUCAAGUAGCCUCUAAAGAGCCACAACCCAAAGAGUCUGGGCAGACUAAAACGCCUCUGGUUGAUCUUUCGCCACCAUCAAAACCCCCAAUAUCAUCUAAUCAAAAGUCCCCUGAGUCGACCACUGCAACGUCUCCUGUCCCGACCUCCACUGUCACCAAGUCACCUGCACCUGUGUCCCCCGAUGUGACUUCAACUCCUGAAAAAUCAGAUGUCAAAGUGUCUCCUGUCCCGACCUCCACUGUCACAACCUCCACUGUCCCGACCUCCACUGUCACCAAAUCACCUGCACCUGUGUCCCCGGAUGUGACUUCAACUCCUGAAAAAUCAGAUUUCAAAGUGUCUCCUGUCCCGACCUCCACUGUCCCGACCUCCACUGUCACCAAAUCACCUGCACCUGUGUCCCCGGAUGUGACUUCAACUCCUGAAAAAUUGGAUGUCAAAGUGUCUCCUGUCCCGACCUCCACUGUCACAACCUCCACUGUCCCGACCUCCACUGUCCCAACCUCCACUGUCACCAAAUCACCUCCACCUGUGUCCCCGGAUGUGACUUCAACUCCUGAAAAAUCAGAUGUCAACGUGUCUCCUGUCCCGAACUCCACUGUUCCGACCUCCACUGUUCCGACCUCCACCGUCCCAACCUCAACUGUCACCAAGUCACCUGCACCUGUGUCCACGGAUGUGACUUCAACUCCUGAAAAAUCAGAUGUCAAAGUGUGUCCUGUCCCGACCUCCACUGUCACCAAGUCACCUGCACCUGUGUCCCCGGAUGUGACUUCAACUCCUAAAAAAUCAGAUGUCAAAGUGUCUCCUGUCCCGACCUCCACUGUCACCAAAUCACCUGCACCUGUGUCCCCUGAUGUGACUUCAACUCCUGAAAAAUCAGAUGUCAAAGUGUCUCCUGUCCCGACCUCCACUGUCCCGACCUCCACUGUCCCGACCUCCACUGUUCCGACCUCCACUGUCCCAACCUCCACUGUCACCAAAUCACCUGCACCUGUGUCCCCUGAUGUGACUUCAACUCCUGAAAAAUCAGAUGUCAAAGUGUCUCCUGUCCCGACCUCCACUGUCCCGACCUCCACUGUCCCGACCUCCACUGUUCCGACCUCCACUGUCCCGACCUCCACUGUCACCAAGUCACCUGCACCUGUGUCCCCGGAUGUGACUUCGACUCCUGAAAAAUCAGAUGUCAAAGUGUCUCCUGUCCCGACCUCCACUGUUCCGACGUCCAAUGUCCCGACCUCCACUGUCACCAAGUCACCUGCACCUGUGUCCCCUGAUGUGACUUCAACUCCUGAAAAAUCAGAUGUCAACGUGUCUCCUGUCCCGAACUCCACUGUCCCGACCUCCACCGUCCCGACCUCCACUGUCACCAAGUCACCUGCACCUAUGUCCCCGGAUGUGACUUCAACUCCUGAAAAAUCAGAUGUCAAAGUGUCUCCUGUCCCGACCUCCACUGUCCCAACCUCCACUGUCACCAAAUCACCUGCACCUGUGUCCCCCGAUGUGACUUCAACUCCUGAAAAAUUGGAUGUCAAAGUGUCUCCUGUCCCGACCUCCACUGUCCCAACCUCCACUGUCCCGACCUCCACUGUCACCAAGUCACCUGCACCUGUGUCCCCGGAUGUGACUUCAACUCCUGAAAAAUCAGAUGUCAAAGUGUCUCCUGUCCCGACCUCCACUGUCCCAACCUCCACUGUCACCAAAUCACCUGCACCUGUGUCCCCUGAUGUGACUUCAACUCCUGAAAAAUCGGAUGUCAACGUGUCUCCUGUCCCGACCUCCACUGUCCCAACCUCCACUGUCACCAAGUCACCUGCACCUGUGUCCCCGGAUGUGACUUCAACUCCUGAAAAAUUGGAUGUCAAAGUGUCUCCUGUCCCGACCUCCACUGUCACAACCUCCACUGUCCCGACCUCCACUGUCCCAACCUCCACUGUCACCAAGUCACCUGCACCUGUGUCCCCGGAUGUGACUUCAACUCCUGAAAAAUUGGAUGUCAAAGUGUCUCCUGUCCCAACCUCCACUGUCACAACCUCCACUGUCCCGACCUCCACUGUCCCAACCUCCACUGUCACCAAAUCACCUGCACCUGUGUCCCCGGAUGUGACUUCAACUCCUGAAAAAUCAGAUGUCAAAGUGUCUCCUGUCCCGACCUCCACUGUCCCAACCUCCACUGUCACCAAAUCACCUCCACCUGUGUCCCCUGAUGUGACUUCAACUCCUGAAAAAUCGGAUGUCAACGUGUCUCCUGUCCUGACCUCCACUGUCCCAACCUCCACUGUCACCAAAUCACCUGCACCUGUGUCCUCUGAUGUGACUUCAACUCCUGAAAAAUCAGAUGUCAAAGUGUCUCCUGUCCCGACCUCCACUGUCCCAACCUCCACUGUCACCAAGUCACCUGCACCUGUGUCCCCGGAUGUGACUUCAACUCCUGAAAAAUCAGAUGUUAACGUGUCUCCUGUCCCGACCUCCACUGUCCCGACCUCCACUGUCACCAAAUCACCUGCACCUGUGUCCCCUGAUGUGACUUCAACUCCUGAAAAAUUGGAUGUCAACGUGUCUCCUGUCCCGACCUCCACUGUCCCAACCUCCACUGUCACCAAAUCACCUGCACCUGUGUCCCCUGAUGUGACUUCAACUCCUGAAAAAUCGGUUGUCAACGUGUCUCCUGUCCCGACCUCCACUGUCCCGACCUCCACUGUCACCAAGUCACCUGCACCUGUGUCCCCGGAUGUGACUUCAACUCCUGAAAAAUCAGAUGUCAAAGUGUCUCCUGUCCCGACCUCCACUGUCCCAACCUCCACUGUCACCAAAUCACCUGCACCUGUGUCCCCUGAUGUGACUUCAACUCCUGAAAAAUUGGAUGUCAACGUGUCUCCUGUCCCGACCUCCACUGUCCCAACCUCCACUGUCACCAAAUCACCUGCACUUGUGUCCCCUGAUGUGACUUCAACUCCUGAAAAAUCGGAUGUCAACGUGUCUCCUGUCCCGACCUCCACUGUCCCAACCUCCACUGUCACCAAAUCACCUGCACCUGUGUCCCCUGAUGUGACUUCAACUCCUGAAAAAUUGGAUGUCAAAGUGUCUCCUGUCCCGACCUCUACUGUCACCAAGUCGCCUGCUCCUGUGUCCCCUGAUGUGGCUUCAACCCCUGAAAAAUCAGAUGUUAAAGUGUCCUCUGUCCCAACCUCCACUGUCACCAAGUCACCUGUCCCAGUGCCUGCUGUAACAGAAUCUGGACUGAACACAAAACCUGAACCCAAAAUGGAACCAGAGCCACAGACUAAAUUGCCUCCAAAACCAAGCUCCGCUGCUGACACGCUCCCUGCUCUGUCCAACACUCUGAUUUCUUUCGACACCAGUUCAUCCAGUAGCUUUAAGAAUGAUGAGGAAGCCCUGGCAAACCAAAAAGGAGACUCAGCGGACGAUCACCCCACAGAGAACAGUGCUGAACAGAAGCCAGAUUCAGAGCUCAACAACUGUGAACCAAUAACAGACGAUCUCCUGGGUUUCAGUGAUGGUCCAGAGGAGCCAGCAGAACCUGUUCCCCCCAGCCCAGGACGCUGGAGUCAGGAUCUGCUUGGUGGAAUGGACAGUAAGCCAAACCCAGUGAAGACCAGCGGCACUCUGGAUCUUCUGGCAAAUGAUGUCAUUGUAAGAGGCACAGAGGCACACAGCCUCAGCAUGCAGCAAGAGGAGGAGAAGCAGACAGACAAGACAGCCAAAGAAACACAAAGUGAAGAGGACAAUGCGGAUCCCUGGAGCUCACGUGUGACAACAGUGACAACCGUAGUCACUAAAUCAAGCUCGGCUGAUCCAUUUGAUCCAUAUCCGAUAGGGACCACAUCCCCUAACAGCUCCUCUGACCUGCGCCAGCCCCUCUCUGAUAGUUCCAUCAACAGUAUGGGCAGUAAUGCCUUGCGGUCCCUUGCAGAUGACAUCAUCCCUUUCAACACUGACAAAACAAGCACUCAGCGGUCAUGGGAAACCAACACAGUCCAGGAGUCGAACACAGAGGAGAGCCAAGAAGCGCAACCAGAAGCAGAAGGCCAAGCUGAAGAUCAACAGACAGUCAUCAUGUUUGAGAGGAAGUCCCUUGAGAAUGACUCUCCGUGGGACCGAUGGACAUCACCGACUGUCUAUACCAUCCCCACAGAAGAGGAGGAGGAGGACGACGACGACGAAGAAGAAGAGAAGCAAGAAGAGGAGCAGGGAAGGUAUCUUCGCACUGAGGAUACACAAACGGUCACAACCAUCACUACCAUCAGGGAGAUACGCAGUGAGCCUGAGCCCUCCAUGGAUCGUUUUGAUACCUAUUCCAGGACCAUAAGAGAAGAGGAGCAGAGAGUCAAAACCCCAGAACCUGAAACCAAAAAGCCGUUUGUAUUUGUGAAGGAGUAUGUCAAUGCAACGCAGAACCCCAGAGACACGUUCAAUAGUAGGUCAGAUUACCUGACUUCAAGCUCCACCAGCUAUUCUUACAGCAGCCCAUCUCUUUACUCCAGCUACUCCAGGAUCCCACCGUCAUCUACCUGUACAUACUGCGGAGAGCAGGUGGGAAAUGAUGCCAAGAUUACCAUUGAGCACCUCAACAUCAACUGCCAUCCUUCCUGCUUCAAGUGUGAUAUGUGUAAGAAACCCAUGGGAGACCUUCUCCACAGUAUGUUCCUGCACGGUGGGAAAGUCCACUGCGAGACCUGCUACAGGGCCAUCUGAUCAUCAAGAGCUUCGCAGACCUCCUCUCUCUCUCCUUUCUGUCAUGUUAAUUCGCGCACAAAGCGAGAACUGCUCUUUUUUUCAAAGUUUGCACUGCAUUUGUUUGAACUCCUGAUUAAUGUAGCUUAAAGUGACCGGCGAGUAUGAUUUCUUAAACUUGAUAAUGACAUAUUUUAAAACCUUGCGUUGUGUUUUGAUGGUGGUGAAAGCUUUAUCUGCUUCGGUUUACUAUGAAGGAUACGUCUGUCCAACAUCACACACGGAUGUGAACAGAUUAAUACUGGUGAGAGGGAUACAAGAAUUUAGCAACAAUAGGAAAUAAAAAAAAAAAAGAACUUGGUUACAAAAUGUUUACUUAAUUUUUGCUCUUCUUGAUACAAAAUAGUGUUUGCAUGUAUGAUGCUUUGUUAGCAAAAUAAAACAAUUUCUAUAA